AUGACAUCGAGAACCGUUAUCCCGCGCUUCUUACUGCCUCUGCAGGGCCCCCUCUGGCGCGGCGUCCGCAUACCUCUCUCGCAAAAUGUCCGCAUCAGAUACGCAUCGUCGUCACCGUCGACCGGCAACAGCCAGUCCCGAAAGCCAGCCGUGCUCGAGAAGCCCGCCAAGUUCAGCCCCCCCUCCCACGGCUCACGGCUCAAGCGGAACACGAUGCCCAGGCACUACGGCCCUGAACUGACGGCGGCUGAAGUCUCUGCCCAGAACAAGAGGCAUUACCCGGGUCUCAUGGCCCCCGAGGGAUCAUGGUCGCAUUGGUUCUGGCAUAGCAGGCUGCUGCAUACCUUUAUUACCAUGGGGGCCCUGUUCGCCAUGGCGAUAUACACCUUCUUCAUGAAUUACGCGUGCAACUCGCCCUUCAAGGACCUCGUUCCGCCAAUGUCCGAUCUCUGGCAUCACCCGACGUACUUUUUUGCCGCGUGGAAAAACGUCAUUGCCCUACACGAAAAGGACAAGGCCACAAAGGCCCAUGAGCACCGAACCAUGUAUCUGGAUGACGUUGCCAAGAGGAAAUACUACAUGAAGGUACACGGCAUCGAGACCAAGGAUCCUGUUUCCAUGGUCUUCGGGAAAGACGGAGAAAAGUCAGAAGAGAAACUGGAGGCGGCCGCGCUUGGACGAGAACUGCCUCAGACAUCCGAGUCGAGCGCAAAGCCGGAACCGAAGAAAUGGCUUGGCAUUUGGUGA